UUGCGAUGAUUUAAAGAUUCGAUUUUUCCUAAUACUCGAGCGGCUUUUUUAUCUCUGUAUCUAUUCGCCGCCGAUUGGAAGCUCAUAAAAAAGCUAGCUUUGUCUUUUUUUCUUCCUUCUUUCUCGGAAACCGAUUCCAAAGGGUAAGCUUAAUCCCCUCCCUUGCAGGCAUGAAUUCCGUCUUGGUUGGAGCUACAUAUGCUUUCCUCGGACUCCUUUUGUUACUGCUAACUAUUGCGUGCUUCGCUGGAUUUGCAUACGCGUUUUGGCUCCUCUAUGAUAUUAUAGCUUAUUUGGGCAGAAAAAUAUAUGCGAGAUGUGUUUACAACUUCGUAGUUAAGAGAUGGCCGAGCAUCCGCUACGACGAAGAAGAAUCAGGGAAGCAAUGCGGCAAAGCUUCCUCAUGCGCUAUCUGUUUGGAGAAAUUCAAUGAUGGAGAACUGUGUAGACAAUUGCCUGCCUGCAGCCACUUGUUUCAUAUCCACUGUGUUGAUCUGUGGCUGAAGGAGAAGCUUACAUGUCCGAUUUGUAGGACUGCUAUCACUAAUAAGGCCCAGGUGAAUGAUGAGAUUGUCUGACUUUGGUUUUUUUAUUUUUUCAAUCUUUCGAUUGAUUGAUAGGGUAUUUUGAAUUUUGUUGUCGUAUAUUGAUUGAGUGGAGAAGAAGAUUGAUUGGUGUUUUAUACUGGUUUUUGUGAGGUCUUUCAGGCCUUCUAAUUUCAUUACCAAGUAUUAUUAGGUAUUUUAGUGAUGUAUAGGAUAUUCCAAUUUUGUUGGGAUUUAUAAAGUGAAGAAGAUGGAUCAUUUUUUCUCAUGGAGGUUAUGUUGUGAUGUGCUUGAUCUUCAGGCCACUCAACACCAUCCUGUAG